AUGUCCUCGCUGGAGAAACUUAGUGUGACGCAGUCUCUCAAUGUAUGGCCAGCCAAGACUCAGCCGCAGAACGAUGUUAUGGCAUGGCACAUUGAGGAAGCCCUCCGAAAGAAAGAGUCCUGCGAACUCAUGUCACAAUUGAUAGCCAGCCGUGUAUUUGCUACAACCAUGGCCGCGUUGGAGGCUAUCACCCUCACUGUGGCGCACGCGAUGUUCUGUGUCGCCAGUAGCAACUCAUCUGUGCAGAUCUGGAGAGCUUUAGAGGAGGAAGCUAGACAUGUUCUUCAUGGGCCAAUCAAUCAGGACAGUAUCGACAAGUUGCACUUUGCAGAUGCCGCAAUCAAGGAAGGUCUUCGACUUCAGACUGCCCUCAAAGCUCUUACUGUGCAGGUCAUGCACCCUACCGGGAUCACUAUCAAAGACAUCAGAGUUCAUCAACGUCAAGGAGCUCGUAUCAGUGUUUCAGCAUGGGGAAUCAAUCGUGAUGAAUAUAUAUAUCCCAACGCAUACACGUACGACACAUUUAGGUUUGCACCACAGAGGAGGAAUGUCUGUACCUCUGAGGGUAGCGAUGAUGAGUAUUUGAUGACUACACCCUCUGAGAAAUAUCUAUCUUUUGGGUUUGGAAAGCAUGCCUGUCCAGGGAGACACCUUGCUGACCAACACAUCAUCCAUCAAUUACCCGCGAAUUUUGUUCAAGAGGGUGUCCCGUCUAUUCCUGACUCCAUUGGCAUCGCAUUGAAGGCUCUUCAGGACUAUCCUCCUCGAUUACUUCCAUAUCUAACUAAUGAUCCACAGUUUCACAUAGAAAGGGUCAGUGCUGAAGGCUGGAGCAUACAUGGCAGUUUUCUACACGCAAAGAAGAUGGGCCGCGCCUCUACCGCGCCACUACCGCGCCACUUUCAGUUCUACAAGCAGCUUCAACUUGGAUUUUGGCCAUGGGCUAGCAGAGCCCUAAUACCGUCUCUAUGGGGCUUGCCACUCGUUUUCUGGGUCCUUAUUCUAAAGUUGCUGCGUUUUACACUGAUCUGUGAAGGAGACCCGACACAGGCAUACAGGAAGAUCAGGCCCCAGCACAUACCCACCACACAAAACAACAGGUUUAUGGCCUUGCUGGCGUAUACUCACUUCUUUGAAGCAGCUUGGCCGUAUUUGAAAAAGGGCAACUACGAAAGAGCUGCCACUAAAAACCCGAGCUGA